AUGGGAAGUUUAAACACCAGUUUUGGAGAGGGCUUCAUUUUGGUGGGCUUCUCAGAUUGGCCCCAAUUGGAACCCAUCUUUUUUGUCUUUAUUUCUAUAUUCUAUUCCCUGACUCUCUUUGGCAACACCACCAUAAUUGUUCUCUCUAUCCUCGAACCUCAGUUGCACACACCUAUGUACUUUUUCCUCUGCCACCUCUCCUUCCUGGACCUCUGCUAUACCACUAGCACUGUGCCCCAACUUCUCAUCAACCUUCAUGGACAUGACAGGACUAUUACCUAUAGAGGCUGUAUGGCGCAGCUCUUCAUCGUCCUUGCCCUGGGUUCCACUGAGUGUGUACUCCUAGUGGUGAUGGCCUUUGACCGCUAUGCUGCUGUGUGCCGUCCACUACACUACACUACUAUUAUGCACCCCCGCCUCUGCCAGAUACUGGCUCUCAUCUCUUGGAUGGCAGGCUUGCUGAACUCUCUGAUUCAGUCAAGCCUCAUGAUGGCCAUGCCUCUCUGUGGCCUCCGACUUCUGAAUUACUUUUUCUGUGAGAUGCCUGUACUCCUGAAGCUGGCUUGUGAGAACACGGAUGGGACAGAGGCCAAGAUGUUUGUGGCUCGAGCCAUAAUCUUGGUUCUUCCAGCAUCACUAAUUCUAGGCUCCUAUGUACACAUUGGUAAGGCAGUACUGAAGGUCAAGUCAAUGACUGGAAGAAGGAAGGCUUUUGGGACUUGUGGGUCCCAUCUCCUGGUGGUUUCCCUUUUUUACGGCUCAGCCAUUUACACCUACCUUCAACCUACGCACAGUUAUUCUGAGAGCCAGGGAAAGUUUGCUGCCCUUUUUUAUACUAUAAUUUCUCCCAUGCUUAAUCCUUUGAUUUAUACCCUAAGGAACAAGGAUGUGAAAGAGGCUCUGAGGAAGGUAUUAAGAAUAAGCAGAGACUCAGGGUAG